GGUUUGUUUAUAAACAUUGCCGAAAAACGGGCACGAAAUUUCUAUUUUAGUUUAUUUAAAACUUGCUGUACAUUAAAAGAUUAUCGCCAAAUGGCUGCAGGAUGUAGCAAAUCUUUUGCAUCCAAAUACGAGGAGGAGCUGUACUACGAUGUGGAAUACGAAGACUUCUGCAAAAACUUUGAAUUUUCGAACUCUUCCUCUUGCUGGAUUUGCAACGGAUACUACGGUCCUAGUUACGGAGAACCACUUUGUGGCACGUGUCAUUCGUUUAUUUUUCCAAACUACCCGAACGAGGAAGCUGAAGGGCUGGUUACGGAACUAUCGGAUGAUGAAGAUUCUGGCAAUGACGAACCGCCGGAAAACGGUUCCAAAGAUCGUGCCGAUGACGACGACGAUUCAGACUACGAUCUGGAACGACCCCGACCAUCCGCUCCGCGUAAUCUGAAUCAAUACUUGGACAUGCUGUCUCAGCCCAGGGAGUCGGACGAGUCGCAGCAAAAAAUUUGCUCUCUUCCUGUGGAAGUGCUGCUCUCAAUUUUUUCCUAUUUGGAUGACCUGUCGCUAUGGAACGUAAGCGAAGUAUGCAAACAGUGGAAACGAAUUCUGGAAGUUCACAUUCCGCAGCUGAUGUGGAAAAAGUACACGAAAGAAAGGUGGCCUCUGUUCCAGCAAAUCUCAACCAUUCCAAACUGGUUGCACAUGUAUGGUGCACUGAUGAAUUCCUGCUUCUGCCGCACCUGUCUCAUUCAAAUGGCCCUGAAGACGCCGAUGCGCGGUCGGGUUAAUCACAUUCGGGCGAAUCGACUACGAAGUGACAUUCGAUCACUGGAUUUAGAUGCCACCGAAGGGAUCGAUGCCGUUGCCCUCGAUAAUCAAUUGUUUCACUGGCAGGCAUCGAUUCUGGGUCCGGCCGGUAGCCCUUAUGAAGGUGGCAAAUUUUUCCUCUACAUCGUGAUUCCUUGCUCAUAUCCAAUGCUCCCACCGCAAGUUCGUUUCUUAACGAAAAUCGUACAUCCGAACGUUUCGCGUCAUGGCGACGUGGGUAUCGACAUUAUCCAGCACAAUUGGUCACUGGCGUUGACCAUUUCAAAACUGUUGCUUUCGGUCCAGAGUUUACUGACUGAUCCGUUUACUCAGAUUUGUAUGGAACCUACACUGGGUAGGAUGUACGAAAAUGAUCGACCCAAAUUCGAAGCUCUCGCAAGAACAUGGACUUGGAAGUACGCUAUGUAUGAAGUUGUCCCGCCGUUAGGAGGAUUGCUGUAAACAGGAGAAAGGUAAGUUCAGAUUUCGUAGCAGUACAUUAUUUCCGGACAUCGCAGAGAUACGACUGAAAUUGAAUGCUUCUUAAACCGCUUAAAUCCUUACUUCUAAAGAUAAAAGUAAAUGUUUCCUAAUGCAUAGUUACUAAAAAGCAGUUGGUGUCUGGUUGAAGUCGUGAACUAUUUUGAUCUGCAAAAAUUGAAUUAGUUAAGCGAUUAAUUUAUUGAAGCACAAAAGCAAAGUAUUUAUUUGUCUAAAUUCUGGCUGAGUAAGCGCAUACAACGAAUGGUGAAUCAAACCAAACAAUUAUUAGGCAUUGUUGACAAUGCUGAGGAGGAUAUCUACCAAAGGGAUGCCAUUACGUUAGCAAGCAAUCUCCAAGAGCUUUGAACACAAUAGUGGAAGCAAUGAACAUUAGCCAUGAUCUACAAAGACACAUUUAUCUAUUAAAAUGUAAUACCUUAUCGAUGUGAUUGAUUAAACUUGUGAAAAAUGUGAA